AUGGCUUCAAUUUUAAGGUCUUUUUUGGAUUGGUUAAGAAGUUUAUUCUUUAAGACGGAACUUGAGCUUACUUUAGUCGGUCUGCAAAAUAGUGGCAAGACGACUUUAGUUAAUGUAAUUGCUUCUGGUCAAUUUAGUGAAGAUAUGAUACCGACUGUAGGCUUUAAUAUGCGCAAAGUCACUAAAGGAAAUGUUACUAUGAAGCUAUGGGAUAUAGGGGGACAGCCACGUUUCCGCAGUAUGUGGGAACGUUAUUGUCGGGGAGUAAAUGCAAUUGUAUUCGUAAUUGAUUCUGCCGAUCAUGAGAAACUAGACGCUGCUCGAACCGAAUUACGUAACCUUCUGGAAAAGCCACUACUUGCAAAUAUUCCGGUUUUAGUUCUGGGUAAUAAAAAUGAUUUACCCGAUGCUUUACCUGUUGAGAAGAUUAUUGAUGAAAUGAAUUUAAAAUCCAUCAAUAAUCGUGAAGUUUCUUGUUAUUCUAUUUCAGCAAAAAAUCAAGUAAAUAUUGAUAUCACUUUGCAGUGGUUGAUUAAGAAAGGCAAAGGCACUAAAUAA